AUGAAGGACUGCAGUAGUAGUGCUUCAAUUUGGAACGCUGUCUGUUUGGCCAAGACAAUACCGGGACUUGGUGUUAUACUUGUGCCGGCGGUACCGGACACGCAGGUCGAUAUUGCGAAAACAUCGCAGGAGACGGCGGGCAAGUUUUGCGAGCGUAUGGAACCAGUCGUUAUUUUCCCUCGCAAAGAAAUGUUUGGAGGCCGCGUAAUACCCUGUGGUUAA